AGCUCACCAUGCACUUGACACUUCUCGAACAUCAUAACAUUUCCACGAACCAGCGUCAUGGUGAGGAAACAGAAGAAAGACUACGAAGGACGCAGUUCACAUGACGAGGAGAUUGGCCAGGAAGAGGAUGGCCCACCCACGAUCGACCCGUAUGAGGUACUUGGCUUGGAGCAUGAAGCCACGGCCGAUGAUGUGAAGAAAGCAUACAGGAAGAUGGCGCUGAAACACCACCCAGACAAGGCCGCCGAGGGCGAGAAAGAAGCCGCGAAUAAGAAGUUCCAAGAAAUCGCAUUCGCCUAUGCCAUACUAUUAGACGACCGCCGACGAAAGCGCUACGACCUCACAGGCAGCACCGCCGAAUCUCUCGAGGAUGAAGAGGACUUUGACUGGCUCAGCUUUUACCGUGAACAGUUCGAGAACGUCAUCAACGAGGAGGCUAUCAACAAGGUCUCGAACGAGUACAAAGGUGGUCAGGAGGAGCACAGGGAUCUGUUGAAGGCAUACAAAAAGUACAAGGGCAACUUGGACCAGAUCUAUGAAGCGGUCAUGCUGUCGGAUAUCCUCGUGGACGACGACCGAUUUCGAGAGAUCCUGGACGACGCCAUAUCGAGAGGCGAGAUCGAAUCAUACCCUGCAUAUGCAAAGGAGACAGACGAAACGCGCCUGAAAGCCAAGAAAGCUGCGAAGAAGAGCCGCGACGAGUUCGACAAGCGCCAGGCAGCCGAGGAGGCUAAAGGAAAGAAGGUGGGCAAGUCGAACGGCAAGACAAAGAGCAAGAAGAGCAGUGGCGGAGACAUGUCAGAUCUAGCGGCACUCAUUCAGCAGCGCCAGAAGUCAAGGGCAGGAGGCUUCUUUGACCAUCUCGAGGCGAAGUAUGCGCCCAAGUCGAAAGGCAGCAAACGUGCUACGCCUAUGGAGGAGCCGCCAGAGGAGGCAUUCCAGGCCACAGCUGUUCGAGCGAAGAAGCGUAAGCAAAACAAGAAGGUCGUGGACGAAGACGAGGAUGAAGACAUGGAUCUUGGGGAAGAGGACAUUGGUGACUCUGACGAAGAUGAGGAGGAAGAGGAGGCUCCACGCAAAGCUAAGGCGCGUGGCAAGGCCAGAGGACGAGGUCGUGUCAGCAGCAUUGCUUGAAGCUUUGGUCGAUCCGGUCUUCACGACAAUUUGUCGAAUCCCGAAGGUCUCAUCGAAAGUACAUCUUGGAAGAUUAUGCAUAGCAUGGCGUCUGGUCAUUUGGGUAGGCUGUGGGAUCUGGAUAGUAGCUGCGAUCAAGUGUCGCAAGCACAUGGCAGCCAAUCGUAGUAUACCAUUUUCUUUCCAC